AUGGCAAACUCGCCCAGCACCGACAACACUAACUGGCAAGCCUGGAUGUCAUCUAUCUCUGGAAAUGAUACGGUUCCAGACCGAUUUUCUUGGCACCAGAUUGGGUCAUGGCAGCGCGAGCCUGAUCUUACAGUGGCUGCUUUUACCUCUUUACGGGAGACCUAUUCCGUUGCUGAGAAGCCAAUCGAUGUCAAUGAGUAUGGUUGGCCCUCAGAGCAGAAUCCCGCCAACUCGAUCUACUAUCUCUCGCAAUUCGAGCGUCACAAUAUUCGAGCCUUGCGGGCUAAUUGGGGUGGUGGUUCAAACUUGCACAAUUACAUGGCCAGCUUGAUCUACGCGGAUGAUUCGGGAUAUUAUCCCAAUGGUGAUUGGCAGCUUUACAAAUAUUACGGAGGAAUGGUAGGUGAUCGGAUUGCAACUACUGCAUCUUCAGACCUCUUAUUCGACGUCUUUGCCGUUUUAUCGGAUGGGAACCUUCUCAAAGUUAUUGCCGGUACCAGGACUGUCCAGGCCUCAUACGAUCUUAUCAUCACAGGAUUCAGUAAACAUGGGCUUGCUACCGAGGGCACGCUCGAUGUUCAAAGCUAUCGAUUUGACUGGGGUGGCUCUGAGGUAAAAGUCGACAGCCCAGUUGAUCUGGGCAGGGCUUCCUAUGGCUAUUCCUCAGAUACAGUAAGUUGCCACGGUUACUAUAUGUUUGUGGCCAGGUGGAAGUACCACUAA